CGUGCAUGCCAGGCUUCGGAGGAAAGAAGAUUUUAUCUACACCACGAACUGUUAUUGUUGUUUGAGGUAUAUGAAACCAAUCCCCCUUUUCUCAUGUCUCAUAAUUCCUGAUGUUUGCGAUAUGUAUGCUACUCGUGCUAUGGAUUUGGAAAAUAGGUUUGGUAAUUAGUAUGGCUACCUACUAAGUCAAUGAUAUAUUCGGUGAUAAAAAUUGCAUGCAUUUGAUUUUUGUCUAAGGCAUUAAUGCUUGUUCCUAAUUGUCCUAUGCUGCUAUCUGAGAAAUACUCCAUUGUGUUACAUAUUUUUUUCUAUUUAAAUCAGCGGCGGUGCCUUGGUACCUUAAACAGAUCGCUACACCCAUGUUGGUAGAAGUACAGUGAUAUGAUCAUCCUUUUUUUGUGUGUUGCUAAGGUCUGAUGUUACUUGGUUCGUCUGCUUGGCCAUGGAAAUCGACGAGAGCCAUGGAAGCAGCCUUUGCUCAAGAAGGGUGACAUCAUGGUCGUGGAGAUCUCCAACCUCUAUCAGGUGGCUAUGCUGGUCAACGAUCUAUGCAGGUCGAAGAGCGUGAACGACCUAUCCUCCCCAUCAUGCCAAACCCACAAGGAUGACGACAACAACAACCUAGAGGACGAGGAUGAGUGGCAGGACGGGAAGAAGUUCGAUGCGGUGGCCACCUUCAAGAUCCUCAGCGAGGUUGAAUUUUCUCUUUCUGUAUCCUCUAUUCCUCUCCAAUGGCACAACCAAACCCUGUGCACGACAAGGUGUUUGUGUGGAUGUGUUACCCGUGUCUACAUGACUCAAUUGAUGGACUUGGUGCGUCUGCAGAUCCUGAUGUACCAGCUGUGCAAGGGCGUGGGUUUUGUUCACAGCAGCGGGGUGCUCCACCGUGAUCUGAAACCGCACAACCUGCUCAUGGACCGCUAGACCAUGGCGCUCAAGAUCACUGACCUCGGACUCAGCCGUGCCAUCAUCGUCCCUGUAAAGAAGUACACGCACGAGGUCUGCUUCCCACUGCCACUGGUCUUCAUCAUCAGCCGUGCAUCUUGCGUCUGAUUAAAUAGUGGAGUCUGAAUUGUUUGUGCAGAUUCUGACGCUGUGGUACAGGGCGCCCGAGGUUCUUCUUGGCGCCACACACUAAUCCACGCUGGUUGACAUUUGGUCCGCGGGCUGCAUAUUUGGUACCAUUUCGAUGAGCACAUAUUCUUGUCAAAGCAAACUGCUUCAGAAUUCAAACCGACAUAUACGAUUUCUAAUUUGGUUGUAAAUGGCAGCUGAGUUGGUUACUAAUCAGCCGCUUUUCCCUGGCGACUCCGAGUUACAGCGGCUCCUCCACAUCUUCAAGUAAUGCCUCCAGUGCUUUAGUUCGUUGUUUGCAUUCUGAAUUCUUGGUGGGU